AUGCCGUCGAUACAGUCGGGGUCGGCCGGCCUACUCGGUAGCCUGUUUGAGCGAGCGCAGGAUGCCAUCUUUGCGCUCUCAUCCUGUUUACCCUGCACGCCCGAGACGUCGGUGCUGAAGCUCAACGGGCGCAACUUCCAGAUCGUCAAGCUGCUCGGCGAAGGUGGCUUCAGCUUCGUCUACCUCGUCAAGGACCAAGACUCGGGCCGACUCUUCGCACUCAAAAAGAUUCGAUGCUCAUCGUACGGCGCCGACUCGUUCCAGGAGGCGAUGAAGGAGAUCGAAGCGACCAAACGGUUUCGAUCGCCGCACAUCAUUCCCAUCUACGACAGCUGUGUGGUGCAAGACGAUGCGGGAUCGGGCACACUGUUUGGGAACCUGCCUUCGAGCGAUCCGGAUGGCGGAGGAGGUCGCGGUGGCGAUGGAGGCAAGGUGAUCUACCUGUUUUUGCCGUUUUACGAGAAGGGUAACUUGCAGGACGCGAUCAAUGCACACGUUGUGCGUGGGACCCGAUUUGGUGAGCGCGAGAUGCUGCAGCUGUUCCUUGGCACGUGUAAAGCGGUACGGGAGAUGCACCACUACCGGCUGCCCAACGUGGGCGCGACACGCCGCAGCGCAGAAGCGUCGUCGAUACCGCGCAUGGAGGUGACGCCUCCGCAAGACCCGUUCGCAGACUCGCAGGCCGAAGCGCCGCUCAUCUCGGGCAGCCCUUUCGCCGACGACGACAACGAAGAGGAUGACGGCAACAAUGCCUCGUACCCUCCGAAGCCGAAUAAGGGCAAGGCGCGCGACAUGGGCCUGGACUCUGCGGGCGCUGGCGGCAUCGCUAAAGAUGGCGGCGGUGGUGCGGGCGAGCUGCUGCCCUAUGCUCACCGUGACAUCAAGCCGGGCAACGUCAUGGUUGCCGACGAUGGCAAGACGCCCAUCCUCAUGGAUUUCGGCAGCACGAUCAAGGCACGUGUCUACAUCAAGACCCGCAAGGACGCCGUCGCGCACCAGGACAUGGCCGCCGAACGCUCGUCCAUGCCCUAUCGCGCACCGGAGUUGUUCGACGUGCCGACGGAUACGACGCUCACCGAGUCGGUCGACAUCUGGUCGUUGGGCUGUUUGUUGUAUGCGCUGGCGUACUUGCACUCGCCGUUCGAGACGACGCAGACUAUUGAGCAAGGUGGUUCCAUUGCACUAGCCGUGCUGAAUGGCUCGUACAAGACGCCGGCGGAGGAUCCGUAUUCGGAGAAGACAAGAGAGGUGAUCAAGCGAUGUAUCCAGGUCAAGCCGGACGAAAGACCGGAUAUCGACCAGGUGAUUGAGUUGACCCAGGCUGCUCUGCGCGGGCUCGAGUAG